AACAGUGGGGAUACAGAGAAUUUAUGCUGUGUUCUUUAAUGUAGUGAAAAGCAUAAUAUAAUACUAUUUGUCUCCUUUCACUUUUUUUCCUUCUUUCAUUGCAGGCUAAUAAAGAUAAUGUUGUUUUGGCAGUUGAUUUUACAGUCAAAAGUAAUUUACCACAGGAAUUCCUGCUGUUAGCUCUUUCUUCUGUUGUUGGUUAAUGGAACAGACAUGUUCAGCACAAAAUAGAGAUACACACAAUUUUGUAAUAGUGAUUUGUACAGUAUGUUUUGCACAAAACUGAAAGAGCUGAAGAUCACUGGCGAAUGUCCUUUCUCCUUGCUAACCCAAAGUGGCAUUUCAGAUGAAAAUGAGGAAGAAGGUGCUGAGGUGCCAAACAGUUCUAAGGCUCCUUUGCCCAUCUGCAGAGAGAAAGACCCUCAUGGAAACCUUCCACAAAGGAAAACCAGGAGCAGAGUAUUUCUACAUACUCUAGCUGAGAGCAUUUACAAACUCAUCUCUCCCCAGUAUGAAAGGUUGUAUCUUGCAUUUCAAAGAACCCUAGCCAAUAAUAAUAUAAAAGAAAUCAGACAGUAUGAUGAAAAAGAUUUUGAGAAGCUGAUCACUGAUCAUGCAAAUAUGGCUGGAAUUCCAGUCAAUGUUGUAAAAGAAUCACUUGGCGAAGAGCUUUUCAAAAUAUGCUAUGAAGAAGAUGAACACAUUCUUGCAGUUGUUGGGGGAACUCUCAAAGACUUUUUGAACAGUUUCAGUACUCUUCUGAAGCAGAGCUCUCACUGCCAUGAAGCUGGAAAAAUGGGCAGAGUUGAAGAAGUCUCAAUUUUGUGUUUGGAAAAAGACCCUCAUUUUUUAAAUGUGUACUAUUUCUUUCCCCAAAAACCAACUACCCUCAUCCUGUCUGGCAUUAUUAAGACAGCAGCUCUCAUUUUGUAUGAUACGGAGGUCAAGGUAACAGUAAUGCCACCCAGCUUCUGCAGGGACAGUGCUGAGUUUAUUGAUCAACCUUAUUUGUUGUAUUCGGUGCACAUCAAAAACACAAAGCCAUCACUGUCACCCUGUAAACCCCAAUCUUCUCUUGUCAUUCCUUCUUCUAUGUUCUGUAAGACCUUUCCUUUCCAUUGCAUGUUUGACAAGGACAUGGUUAUUCUGCAAGUUGGCAAUGGCAUCAGGAGAUUAUUAAACAAAAGAGAAUUUCAAGCAAAGCCACAGUUUGAUGAGUGGUUUGAAAUUUUAGCUCCUAAAAUAAAUUGCACAUUUAGUGGGAUCAUGACAAUGCUGAACAUGCAGUUUUCUAUAAGAGUGAGACGAGGAGACAAGGUUCUUAAAAAGUCAACUGGGGUUAUGGACCUUAAAGGACAGAUGAUCUACAUUAUUGAAUCUAAUGCCAUUUUGUUCUUGGGAUCUCCCUGUGUGGAUAGACUGGAAGAUUUUACAGGACGUGGCUUAUAUCUUUCAGAUAUUCCAAUUCAUAAUGCACUUAGGGAUGUUGUUUUAAUAGGUGAACAAGCCAGAGCUCAAGAUGGAUUGAAGAAAAGAUUAGGGAAGCUUAAGGCUACUCUUGAGCAAGCACAUCAAGCUCUUGAAGAAGAGAAAAAGAAGACAGUUGAUCUUUUAUGCUCUAUUUUCCCUGAGGAGGUUGCUCAGCAGCUCUGGCAAGGACAAGUUGUACAGGCCAAGAAAUUUAAUAAUGUCACAAUGCUUUUUUCCGACAUUGUAGGAUUCACUGCAAUCUGUUCUCAGUGUUCACCCAUGCAGGUUAUCACCAUGCUUAAUGAACUCUACACUCGCUUUGAUUAUCAGUGUGGAGAACUGGAUGUCUACAAGGUAGAAACCAUUGGAGAUGCAUAUUGUGUAGCUGGAGGCUUACACAAAGAAAGUGAAACCCAUGCGAUUCAGAUUGCACUAAUGGCACUGAAAAUGAUGGAUCUAUCCAAUGAAGUGAUGUCACCACAUGGAGAAUCCAUCAAGAUGCGUAUAGGACUACAUUCUGGCUCUGUUUUUGCUGGUGUUGUUGGUGUUAAAAUGCCACGUUAUUGCCUGUUUGGAAACAAUGUAACACUUGCCAACAAGUUUGAGUCCUGCAGUGUCCCUAGGAAAAUAAAUGUUAGUCCUACUACCUACAGGUUGCUAAAGGAUCACCCUGGCUUUGUGUUUACUCCUCGCUCAAGACAGGAACUUCCUCCCAACUUUCCAAGUGAUAUACCUGGAAUCUGUUACUUUCUUGAUGCUUAUCGUCAAGGGAAAAGUACAAAGGCCUGGUUUCAGAAGAAAGAUGCUGAAGAAGGAAAGACAAAUUUCUUGGGGACAUCAACAGGAGUAGAUUAAAUUGGAUUUUGGGGACAAAAUGGGGUGUGUGUGAUUACAGUAUUUCUGAGUUUUGAUUUUUUUUUUUUUUGUUAAAGAAACAUAAUAGCACUUUAGCUUAUUAAUCACUUGAAAGCCAGUAUUAAAUUUUAGGAAAAAGGAUAUCACAUACUAUGAAUUUUUAUUGAGAUAAUAUAUUCAGUGAAUAGCAAGGAAUAAUUGAAGCAGGAACAAGACAGAGCCAGUCUGCCUGUGAACAAUUCCUUCUGUCUAGCAAUGAACUACUUUGAACCUGGUUUUUUUUGAUAGCAUGAGCUUUGCAUCUCCUCAACCUUCCCAGUUUUUAGAAUCAGCUUUCACAGGAGCUUCUUAGCAUUCUACACAUCCAGAUCCGAGCUGUGGCUGUAUGAGCAUCAGAGCAUGUACUAUAGCUUUUAGUGCAUGGGUGAUAAACACACACUCAGCUAGAUGAAUGCCACUGCUGUUUAAUGAAGUUUUCUGAAUAAUUUUAUAAGGGAUGGGAGGGUGCAGCCAUACAUUAUUGUCUGGUUUCCUAUUACAUUUAUUAGUGACCUCUUACACUUUCAUGACCUGCUGAGCUUCUACUAAUAUGGAUUUAGCAACCCUCAGGUAUGCCAACCCACUCUUUGGACUAAAAUAUUUAAAAACAUAGCUCAAAAGGCCAUAAUUUAUGGGAACUGUAGAACACAGUAUCUGGAUUUUAUACCUGCCUGUGGAAAUCCAGUUCUUGUUAUUUUUCUUCUGAACCUCCUUUUUAUGGUUGACUUCCUUGGUGAUUUUCUAGUUACAUAUAAAUUAACUUUGAUGACACUGUACUCCCUGUUUCUAGUCAGUUAAAUAAUAUUUACACCUGUGGACUACAUAGAAUUAAAUUCAGAAUUGCCUCUCUGAUUGGUUUUGUGCCUAGACUUUUAGUGCACAGCUGUUAAUGUUAUUUACAAUUUUCAUCUUUCCAUGAAAAGAGUAUGUUUUAUCCAGCUUAUGUGAAGGCCAUUGAAAUUAGUCAUUACUGCAAUAUUUGCACCUUAACAUCAGCAUGAAUGCUUUUGUCAGGUGGUAAUACCAGAUGCUAUGGAAAUAUCAAUAGGUAAACAGUGUUACUUAGACUACAGUGUUAUGCACACCUAUCUGGGAAUAAAUGCCAAUGAAUUCAGUGGGACUUCUGAGUAUACCUAUAUAGGACUACCUUUCCCCUGCUUGUAUGGUUGUUGGCAAUUUUCAGAACUAGUAUACAGAAGAUGCCACUCACUGCUAUCACUGUCUAUAAAUUAAUAUAUGUAAUAUACUGUAUAAUCAAAUCUAAAAUCUGUAUUCAAACAGCAUUUUAAGUUUGGGAGUUACACAUUUUAUAAGGAGCACAUAUAUACCCUGUUCUGUAUAAUGGCAGUAAAUGUUUUCUUGAGUUGUUACGUAAUUUUAAUUUUUAGAUUAAAAUGGGUAUAAUAUUUGCUUAACAGUAUUACCAUAGUAUUCAGCACAGAGAUAUGAGAAAAAUAUGAAGACGUAUGAAUAUAUGUAUAUAGAGACUUUGAAUGCAUUAUGAUAAUAUUUGAUAUAUAAUGAGCUCAAUAAAAAGAAUUACACAGAAAUGAUGUACAGAACUUAUACAGAUAGUACAAAAACUUUAUUUUGCAUUGGCAUACUUUAUCUGCCAAUUGUGUUUCAGUAAUAUACUUAAUAUCAUAGGACGUUUAAUUUAAUUCAAUCCUUAUGUUCUCCAAUCCUGAGUAGAUCCUUUCUAAUUCUAUUUUUAACAAAUGCACACUAUUCUUAUAGCUCCUAGAAGUUCUGAACAACUAAGCAUGCUUACUCCAAUUCACCAGUGCCAGUAUGUUUAUUAAUUAUGAUUCAUCCUUGUUCCAUGUCAUACAUCAGGGAUACAUAACUGAACUAAGGAGCAUAUUUGUCCUUUGAGAGCUAUGGCAGCUCCAUAAUCUGAAAAGAAAUGAAUAGGACAACAUAACAUUAAUUUCAUUUCAUUUGCACUUUAUAUUUAAUUAAAAUGAAA